AUGAAGCACUGGCUAUUGUUUAUUGGCUUCAUAGGUUUGUCAUGGGCCAGCCUCGACGCGCCCUCGGAGUCCGUUCCAAAUGAUCAGCCGAUUCCACCCGGUGUUGCUGCCCAAGAUGAUUCAAAACAUUCGACGGUGAAAGCUGACACGGCAAUGGAGACGACAACGAUCGCAUCGAAUUCAUCUUCCCCUUCAGCUUCAACACCUUCAACAUCUUUCAAUACGACGGGCUCCACAACACCGGGCGUUCAUCCAGUUCUCCCGAGCAACUACGUGGACCCAUCUCAACAAUUGAUAUCAACGGACGCCUCAAUGCAUCGAGAUCAACCGGGCGGUCAGGGUGGCCCUAGUCAGCCAACGGAAGUGUCAGGAGCGAUGAGUGGAACAAGUGAUACAACAAAUGAGGAGAGCUCAUCCCCAUCCACACAGGGAGUCGGUCUUUCAUCGAUGCUUCUCUCGGUUUUCUCUGUACUUCUUGCUUGUGCAUUU